AUGGCAACCACAACUGUCAAUACCAAAUCGGUAACAGGAUUUGGUGCUUCUGCAGCAUCAAAGCAAAAUCAAGAGUUCUUAUUGAAGAUCUUGAUCUUAUCAUUAAUCUAUGUUUUAGCUUUUUCAACACGUUUAUUCUCUGUAUUACGUUAUGAAUCUGUAAUUCAUGAGUUUGAUCCAUAUUUCAAUUUCCGUUCAACCAAAUAUUUGGUAGCAGAAGGAUUCUAUAACUUUUUAAAUUGGUUCGAUGAGAGAUCAUGGUAUCCAUUGGGUCGUAUCGUUGGUGGUACCAUCUAUCCAGGUUUGAUGGCAACUGCCGCUGCUGUUCACUGGGUUUUGAACUCACUCAAUCUCACUGUCAACAUUAGAAACGUUUGUGUUUUGCUCUCCCCAUGGUUCGCCUCGAACACCGCCAUGGUUACCUACAAGUUUGCCAAGGAGAUUAAGGACACCGAAACUGGUUUGGUCGCCGCCGCCAUGAUUGCCAUCGUUCCAGGUUACAUCUCUCGUUCCGUCGCUGGUUCAUUCGAUAAUGAAGGUAUUGCUAUUUUCGCAUUGAUCUUCACCUAUUACUGUUGGGUUAAAUCCGUCAACACCGGUAGUUUGUUCUGGGCUGCCAUUUGUUCACUCGCCUACUUCUACAUGGCAAGUGCAUGGGGUGGUUAUGUAUUCAUUAUUAAUUUGAUUCCAUUACAUGUUUUGGCAUUGUUGUUGACUGGAAGAUACUCACAUCGUUUGUAUGUUGCCUAUUCAACAUUGUUUGUCAUUGGUACUAUUCUUUCGAUGCAAAUCAAUUUCAUUGGAUUCCAACCAGUUCAAUCGUCUGAACAUAUGGCUGCCAUUGGUGUUUUCGGAUUGUUGCAAUUGUUCUCUGGUCUCAACUGGGUCAAGUCACAUCUUUCCACUGAGGCAUUUGCCCGUCUCCAACGUUUGACCAUCAUGACUGUCUUCUCUGUUGCCUUUGGUGUCUUUGUCAUCGGUACCAUCACUGGUUACAUUUCACCAUGGACCGGUCGUUUCUACUCACUUUUGGAUCCAACCUACGCUCGUGACAACAUCCCAAUUAUUGCCUCUGUAUCUGAGCAUCAGCCAACCACCUGGGCAUCGUACUUCUUCGAUCUCCACAUCUUGGUAUUCUUGUUCCCAGCCGGUCUCUACUUCUGUUUCUCCAAGUUGACCGACGCCAACAUCUUCUUGAUCCUCUACGGUAUCACCUCGAUCUACUUCUCUGGUGUUAUGGUUCGUUUGAUGCUCGUUUUGGCACCGGUUGCCUGUGUCUUGGCUGCCGUCGCCAUCUCAUCGACCCUCCAAACCUACACUCGUAAACUCAAGGAGCCAACCCCCACUGGAAAUGCCAAUGCCAACGACAACUCCAAGGAAUCCAGCUAUGUCAUGAUCGGUGUCAUCACUGUUCUCCUCGUUCUCUACGCAUUCCACUGUACCUGGGUCACCUCUGAGGCCUACUCUUCACCAUCGAUCGUUCUCUCUGCCAAGCAAAACGACGGUUCCCGUAUUAUUUUCGACGAUUUCCGUGAGGCCUAUCGUUGGAUCGGUCAAAACACCCCAGAUGAUGCACGUAUCAUGUCAUGGUGGGAUUAUGGUUAUCAGUUGUCUGCGAUGGCCAAUCGUACUGUACUGGUCGACAACAACACCUGGAACAACUCACACAUUGCCCAGGUCGGUAAGGCAUUCGCAUCUUCCGAAGAAGACGCCUACAAACUCAUGAAGGAGCUCGACGUAGACUAUGUUUUGGUUAUCUUUGGUGGUUUAACUGGUUACUCCUCCGACGAUAUCAACAAGUUCCUCUGGAUGGUCCGUAUCGGUGGUUCCACCGACCCAUCGAUCAAGGAGGCUGACUAUCUUGCCAACGGACACUACCGUAUCGACAAGGGUGCCUCACCAAAGAUGCUCAACACAUUGAUGUACAAGCUUUGCUACUACCGUUUCUCUGAGAUCAACACUGACUAUGGUAAACCAUCCGGUUACGAUCGUGUCAGAAACGUUGAGAUCGGUUACAAGAACUUCCAACUUACCUAUCUCGAAGAAGCUUUCACUUCACUCCAUUGGUUGGUUCGUGUAUACAAGGUUAAAGAUUUGGAAAACAGAGCUUAA